GGGCGGGCGGCUGUGGACGCCCGGCCGGCAGCAUGGAUUCGGAUUCCGGCGAGCAGAGCGAGGGCGAGCCCGGGACCGCCGCAGGUCCUGAUGUUUUUAGUUCAAAGAACCUUGCCCUUCAAGCCCAGAAGAAGAUUCUGAGCAAAAUAGCCAGUAAAACUGUGGCCAACAUGCUGAUUGAUGACACCAGCAGCGACAUCUUUGAUGAGCUCUACAAAGUCACCAAAGAGCACACACACAACAAGAAGGAAGCCCACAAGAUAAUGAAAGACUUAAUCAAGGUGGCGAUCAAAAUUGGGAUCCUCUACCGGAACAACCAGUUCAGCCAGGAGGAGGUUGUUAUCGUGGAGAAGCUCAGGAAGAAACUGAACCAGACCGCCAUGACAAUCGUCAGCUUCUAUGAGGUAGAAUACACCUUCGAUAGAAAUGUGCUCUCCAAGCUCCUACAUGAGUGCAAGGACCUGGUGCAUGAACUGGUACAGAGACACCUGACACCCAGGACCCACGGGCGUAUCAACCAUGUCUUCAACCACUUUGCUGAUAUGGAGUUCCUCUCCACCCUUUAUAGCCUGGAUGGAGACUGUAGGCCCAACCUCAAGAGGAUUUGUGAAGGAAUCAAUAAAUUGCUAGAUGAGAAAGUCCUCUGAAUGCCUUCCCUCCUCCUGGACUUGGCUGCGUUCAUGUUACAGCAUCCCGCGUGUUCCAGGUGAGAAUCAGGAAAACAAGAAGAAACCCUUGUCAAAGAUGCCCAUGUUCUGUCCUGUUCAUCCCUCUGAUGUUGAUGCUAGAUUGAGCUCAGGAGUGUUUAUCACCUAAGCUCUCUGCUGAGGUCUGUACUUAAAAUCUCCUUUGUUUGCAAGCCCAAAGGACAUCUCAUCUAUUCUAAGCAGAAAAGCUGCCCUGCUCAUCUAGGUGGGCCCAGUUCAUCUUGUGGAAUGGAAGGAGCCCUGGACCAGGGGUCAGAGGACAUGGGUUUGGUUCCCAGCUCCAUCAGUUACAAUUUUGUCCUCUGGAUCCUGGAACCAUCAUGCCCACCUGCCUACCUCCCAGGGCUGCUGUGAGGAUCCAAUGAGAUUAUGUUCAUGCUUUUAAAAACUCUAAUAAAAGGUCUUACUAGUUUCUCUUUGGCACGUGACAGGGAUCAACCUGGAUCUAGACUAUUAAGCAGCAGAGAAAAGAACAAUAGUUUCUAAUGGGCUGGGUUUGCAAUUUGUCUCUAGAUGUUCUGUUUCAAACAAAAUAAAAAUGAAUCCAAAGGUGUGAAAAAGUAUAGCUGCAAAUUGGAAAAAUAUUUUUCAAGAGCUGUGUUUUUUAGGUCUUAGAUGUGCAGGUUUAUGGUCCUGCAGAGGGAAACUUUCUGGUGGGGGAGGGGGAGAGUGGAGAGAGAGUUUCCCACCCAUCAUGCAGAAGCAGAGAAGAACUGUGCUGCCCCUGCCCCUGCAGGACUGGCCUCUCCCCAUCUGAGGGGCACCAUCCGGGAGGCAAAGGGACGGUUUAUGCUGGCAUGCGCAGGAGAGUUGGGCAGAAUGAAGCCCUAUCCGUCUUUCUUGGUCUUUCACUGUCAUUCUGUGCUGUUUUCUCUGGUUUGUUAAUAAAUUGAAAUUACCCUUCAAAUAAGAGGUUUUGGAGUUGUGAUUCAAAAAUCAAAUUCCUUGGAGUUAGAUACAGUGUUAGGAAUAAUGGGAUUGAAAGGAAGAAGACAAUGAAGAGUAAGAGCUUUGUACUCAGACCCUAAGGGAAAGUAGCCCCUGGGGGAGCAUGUAUAGGGUGGAGCCUGUGCCCCUGGUUAGUGGGGAGCUAGUUCAUAGACACUGUGACAGCCUUCUCUGAAUGUCUCAAAGCCUCGCUUUCACACAAAAUAUUUAAUGCCUUAUAAUGUUGUCUGGAGGACACCACUUUAAGAGAUUUGCCCUUCCAUCAUCACCUCCUGUCCUGUUAUGCUUCUCCUGUAUCUGAUGAUAAUGCAAAAAUACUAUAUUAGCUCAGCCCCAUGGUUCAUCCCACCCCAUGGCCUCUCUCUAGUAGAGAUGGUUUGCGCGAGGGUGUGAAAAGAUGGCCACUGAACCUGCUGUGGCCAUUCGGCCCCAACUGGCUCCCAUGUCAACAUCAGUAGAAAGUAUCCUGUUAAGUUCUUCAGCCACCAGUAUUCAAAAUUACUUCACAGGAAGGAUGUCCAGUGGGGAAUAGGGAAUAGUUAAGUCAGUCCCUGUCUCCAUGUUUGACAAACAUGGCCCAGCCCCUUCUCACAGUCCCGAGGACGGAACAGUGAUGCCCUGUGCACAUCUGGGCUGGGGAGGUCACUGGUCAUUUAGGCAGUGCCCGUGGAAGCUACAGGCGACAGGCUCCUCCCUGCCCACCUGCCACCAGGCAGCAAGCAGCCCAGCCGUAGCCGAAUUUUCACAUAUAGAGUCCUCCUCAAUGCCUGUGU